AUAAUAUACGUUUAACAGCUGAAAGUAAAAAAACACAGACUUUAAAUUCGAUAGUAUCUUGUAGUGUUGAAAAUGCCGAGCAUAACAGAAAAGCUGAGGAACGUUUUUUCGUGGCAACACGAUAGCUACGAAUUCGCAGCUAGUGCAGAUGUGGCGAAUAACAUCGGAACAACUGACGAUAACAACGGCUCUCAGCAAUUCAACGCAUCGCCCAGUAAAGCAAAACUGUUCAAAUCGAAGCCUAACAAAAAUACCAAGGUUUCCUCCAAAAUUGCAAAGGAUAAACAAAGAUUGAGCCAAGUUUUGGUUACCCGAAACCCUUCGAUUACUUCAGCACAAUUGAAUGCCGUUGCCCCAUUGGUCAAUAUUCGACGGAUUCCUUCGAACAAAUCUGCCGAAACGGAAUCACGUUUGAAGUCAUCCUCAAAUUCACAUGGUAGUCGAGCAAAUUCCCUCUCGAGCAAUGUAACCGUUCGCAAUAAAACGAACUACCCGAAAUCGAACACUCUUGCUGCCGAAACGAACUCGCUACGAAACACGAUUGUCCAAAAGAGGGCACCCGUCUCAACGAAUAAAAAGUUAGUCGGGGCACGACCCAUCAGCAGUGUUUCGAGUUCGCUUCAAGGGGGCAGCAGCGUCAAAAAACUAAACAGAAGCUCUGCUAUUCCGACGCAGCCAGUUUUUCGAAAAGCUCCUCCCAUACCAGUCGUACCACCCCCGGCUGACAAAGGAGCACGUUCAAAAAACUUACUUCAACGACAGCGAGAACAAACCCGGCAAGAGCCAGUGUAUGCGAGUAUAUCAGAACAGUCGACAUUAAAACGACAACCAGCAGUUCUGGUAACCAGCAGUUCUAAAAGCCGCGCCGACAUAGAUACAGAACUGGAAAUGAGAAGAUUUGUAGUUACCGGCGAUAAAUCAAUAAGCCGUAGGCGACGCAUUUUGAGAGAUUUGUUGAGGCAGGAGAAAGAAGAAGGCUUACCGGAAAUGAUUGUUCCGGGAAUACCCGAACAGGAAUUAAUUCUUUGUCGUAAUAGAGUGCUUCAGUUUCAUACGGUGCUAACUACUAGCAAAGUGGCGCCUAAAUAUAUGUAUGCGUUGUUACAUUUAGCGAAUCGGUUAGCGGUGUUAGGUCACGUUUCAGAUUUUGCGGGGAGUACAGAAGCUAUUGAUUUAUUAAAUAAUGUUUGUGAUAAACUUGAUAUUUACUUUAAAACGGAUUCAGCAGAUUCGAAUCCAGAUCAGGAUAUUAUUGAUAAUUUGUUUGACAAGGCAGAGGGAGGAGUAGUAGGAGAUUCGGUUGCCGAACAGGAGGCUAUUGAGUGCUUGAAACGUAUGGGAGUUAUCUCCGGGGAGCUUGAUAGACCAAAUGCGAACGUUUUCCGCGAUUCUUUAAUAGCGUUGGAGAAAGAACUUACCGUGCUGCGAAGUAGACUAUCUUCCUCUGAGCCUUCUGGCACUUCUAAUUUGAGCACGGGGAACAUCGAAACCUACACCGGAACAAUUCCGAAGACAUCAGACGGUGCUUGCAAUCUUAUGAUCGUUACCAGCCAAUACUCGAGGCCUGUAACUACCCCAAUGGUGACGACAUCCAUAUAUACUUCCAAUUACUUACCGAUCCAUACGAGAAAUCAAAAUACGACUCCAUAUCCUCAAAUUUUACCAUCCUAUUCCAGUUUCAGUCAGGCUAACCAUGUAACAUCUUUCCCCCCUACUGAGCUGGAAAAUUCUGUGUUUCAUUCUUCGCAGCAGAUAGCACCAUAUAUUAACCUUACGUCAAAUAGUGCCCAAAGUUCUGCAACUCAUUCGAACGCACUCACAUCUCACUUGCCACCUCCAAUUAAACCGCCCCAAUUACCCCAAUCAAUUGGACAUCCUUCCCAGACUGCAGGCGUAUCUAGACCGUAUUCAUCUGUUGCUGCGCCUCAACCCACGUUCGCGUUCCCCGCGUCAAGCGCAUUUCCACCAGCCUCAUUUGCGAAUCCUUUUGCCUCAAAUAGCACCUCACCUUACGCGUACCCGCCAGAAAGAAACAACACUGUUUCUCACAGAUCCCUCCCCGUCUCACUGUGGAAAAUUGAAAAAUAUAACGGCACAGAUCGUGGUGUCAAACUGAAUGAGUUUCUCGCGUUAGUGGAACAGUUGGCCCAGUCUGAAAGAAUGUCUGAACAUGAGCUGUUCGACUCCGCCUUUCAUCUGUUUGACGGCCCCGCGAAAAGUUGGUACAUGUCCAUGCGACACCCGCACCCAGGGAUACGACACCACUCGCUGUCCCUAUUGCCAAAAAAACGGCAGGCCGACGACCGAAAAUCGCCGAACGUCGGAAGAAUCCGCGUGAGAGUCCCCGGUUUUGAACUGAGCUCUCUCGACUAUGAGCCAGUUCUGUCUGAGUGGUAUUCGGGUCGCGCGAAUACCAAUACCCCCGAAGUCCUGCAAAUAACCUUCCCAACUAGCUUUGAUAAUCGACCCUACGCCUGGGUCUACGUCCAUGAUCUACGCGUCAAAGGAUUGCUAGACUCAGGUAGUAAUCGAACGCUUAUCAGUGAUAAGCUGUUCUCGCGUUUACGCGGGAUUCGACAAUGUGCCCUAUUACAAGAAGAGAGUGACAUUGAAUCGAUAGCUCCUGAAUGUAUGCUUACCCCUACAGAAGCCCAGGACCUAGAGAAAAUAAAACUCAUGUUUCAGAUCGCCAAACCGGGAUACUUACCCACGACUUCUGUUACCCAACACAUAAUCGAGAUUGCUGACGAAUGGAAAUCCAAACCGCCAGUCAGGCAAUACCCCUACACUAUGUCGCCCAAAACACGUGAAAAGGUGGUCGCCGAACUUGACCGAAUGCUGGAAGUGGGUAUCAUUGAGCGCUGUCAGUCUGAUUGGUCGCUCCCGGUGGUACCCGUGAUCAAGCCUUCGGGCAAAGUCCGCCUCUGCUUAGACGCACGUAAACUAAACGAACGCACGGUUCGCGAUGCGUAUCCACUCCCCCAUCCGGGACGGAUACUGGGACAGCUACCCAAAGCUCGCUACUUAAGCACUAUCGAUCUAUCCGAGGCGUUCCUUCAGAUCCCUCUGGAGGAACGUUCUCGAAAUUACACGGCGUUCAGUAUUCAAGGUUCUGGGAUGUACCGAUUCACCCGAUGCCCUUUUGGCUUAGCAAACAGUCCAAGUCGCCUGGCCCGGACGAUGGAUUUAGUUCUAGGUAAUGGAGAAUUAGAACCCUUUGUCUUUGUCUACCUCGACGAUAUAGUUGUAGUGAGUGAAACGUUUGGACACCACCUACAACUAUUAGCCGAGGUAGCCAAGAGAUUACGGGAUGCUAAUCUCUCCAUAAACCUUGACAAAUCCCACUUCGGAGUAAAUGAACUGCCAUUCCUAGGUUACCUUCUCUCAACCAACGGCCUACGCGCGAACCCUGAAAAGAUAAAACCAAUCGUCGAGUAUGAACGGCCAACAACUGUGACCAAAUUACGCCGGUUCCUAGGAAUGGCCAAUUAUUAUCGCCGAUUUAUACAGGACUUCAGCGGAGCUACUGCCCCUUUGACGGAUCUGCUUAAAACUAAGGCCAAGACUAUUUCCUGGACCGACCAGGCUGAAGAAGCUUUUUGCGCGAUAAAAGAAAAGUUAAUCAGUUCACCAAUCCUCGUAAGUCCGGAUUUUUCAAAAGAAUUUACAAUUCAAACCGACGCUAGUGAUGUAGCAGUCGCUGGCGUCCUUACGCAAGUCCUCGAAGAACAAGAAAGGGUCAUCGCGUAUUUUUCUCAUAAGCUUAGUACUCCCCAAAGGAACUACCACGCUUGUGAGAAAGAAACGCUGGCCGCAAUCCUGUCCAUCGAGGCCUUCCGUGGAUAUAUUGAGGGUUCCCACUUCACGAUAGUGACAGAUUCUUCCGCCCUCACACAUAUUCUCCGUACAAAGUGGAAGACAUCCUCCCGCUGUAGUAGGUGGAGCCUUUCCCUACAGCAAUAUAACAUGACAAUACGGCAUCGGAAAGGAAAGGAUAACGUGGUAGCCGAUGCCUUGUCACGUUGUGUUGCUGUGGUAACAGCUGCACCUACUUCAGAAUGGUAUGAUGAGCUUAUUAAAAAAGUUUCAGAUCAACCUGAUAAUUAUGUUGAUUUCCAAGUAAUGGAUGGCGCCCUUUAUAAAUUCGUAUCAACUCCCAUUCAGCCUUACGACCACAGGUUUGAAUGGAAGCUUGUAGUUCCCCCCGAGAAAAGAAAAGCAGUGCUCAAAGAAUGCCAUGACGAUUUGAUGCAUAUCGGUACGGACAAAACAAUGGCCAAAGUUAGGCUGAAGUAUUACUGGCCAAAAAUGGCCAAGGAUGUAAGGGAAUAUAUUCAAGCUUGCUCUUUGUGCAAGGAAACUAAACCAGCCUGCAUCCCAGUCGUACCCACAAUGGGUGAACAAAGGAUGGUGACACAUCCUUGGCAAAUAAUAGCGGUUGACUACAUUGGUCCGCUUCCACGUAGCAAAAGAGGCAAUCAACACCUCCUAGUUGUCACCGACCUCUUUAGUAAAUGGUGUAUAUUAAUACCUGUGAAGAAAAUCAAUAGCACUACACUAUGUACUCACCUGCGGGACCAGUGGUUCUUCCGGUUCUCAACUCCUGAAUCACUUAUUUCGGAUAACGCGUCUGUCUUCCUGUCCCGAGAGUUCAAAGAUUUUCUCGAACAGUUUGGAGUGCGUCAUUGGUUGAGCUCGAGAUACCACUCUCAAGCCAAUCCGGUGGAGAGAGUUAAUCGAACAAUCAAUGCUGCGAUACGCACCUAUGUUCGAGAAGAUCAGAGACUCUGGGACAGUAGGAUCUCGGAGAUCGAAACUGUGUUAAAUACCACUAGACAUUCCGCGACCGAAUUCACGCCGUACUUUGUUAUUCAUGGCCACGAGGCCUUCGCGAAGGGAUCGGACCAUCAAUGGUUCGGAUCCAAUGACGAAACUAUUCCUGAUCAAAGAAUCGAACAUCAGAAACAAAUAUUUGAUAAAAUUUACGACCUUGUGAAAACUAAUCUCACCAAGGCACACGAGUCAGCUAAGCAUCGCUACAAUCUGCGCCACCGGCGAAGCGCAAAGCCAUUCGAGGUUGGCCAACUUGUCUAUAAAAGAAACACAAAACAGUCCAGUGCCGCGGAAGGGUACAACGCCAAAUAUGGUCCUGUAUACCUGCCGGCACGAAUAAAAAAACGCAUCGGAACCAGCUCAUAUGAACUGGAAGGAACCGAUGGUAAAUCCCUGGGGGCAGGUUGGGCCGCCUUAGUAGCUUGUUCUCCUGUUCCAGAGGAUUCGGAUAUCAUGAUGUAUCCUAGAAUACCGAAUCAUUUCCCAGAAGUGUAUCCGGUCGGUAUCAUGAUCAAACUGAAAUCAUUAUUCCGUAGAGGUCAAGGUCCUUCGGGAUCGAAGCAUUCAUCGCAAUCGGCUAACAACAUCGCGUCGGCCAAUGGCGCCACCAUCAAGGGCGCUUCAUCGGUUUCGAGCCUCGAUUGCGUGGGCGUAGCUGCAGCGCCGAAAUCAAACGGCAAAAAUAAUCGUGCAUUCCACGGGUCCAAGGACAAGCUCGACCAGUACGGUGGUCCGAAUCUGCACCACCACCUACCACAUUCCAAAGGCUCGAAAGAAAAGCUGAACGAUUUUAAAGGUUUCGGCAAAGAAAAGGGCAGUGGCGCUCGAAUCAUUUCCAAAUCGUGUAAUCAAAUGCCUCUCGUGCAACCGCACUCGCCGCUAGAAUCGUUUCAAGGGGCGGCCACUCAACCGCUUCAUCGGAGCGAUUUGGAUCAACGAGACGAUGAUGCCUAUUCGAGUGCUACUGAGGAGAUAGUACUUCCUAAGGACCUGACGGCCAUAAACUUUGAUGGACCUAUGGAGGCGGUAAAACCAAACAGAUCGCAUGAGCUUAAAGCUCGACUAGAACAACUUUGCCAAGAUAAUGCCGCCUUAGAAGAAAAAGUCUUCGAAAUGUCUGUUUAUCAAAAUGAAGUGGAGGCUCUGCGGGAGGAAAUAUCCAAAUUACAGUCGUCACAAGAAAUGGGCAGUAGUGAGAUACAACGGCUGCUGGAAGAAAAUGAAAGUUUACGAAAUCGUUUGAAAACUGUUGUUCACUCGCCACUCUCCGACUCAGAGAAACAACAGAUAAUCAAAGAUUCACAACGAUUACACAGUUCAGCUCCGGCGUCGAUAGCACUUCCUAAUAAUUUGGAUAUGGAAGGCACACCAUGCGUCACCCCAGAUUGGGACAAGCAGUCUUCUAGCAGUGAAAUAGCGGUAGCAUGUCUGCAAGAUAAGAUAACUCAGAUGGAAGAGACCCAUUACUCAACCAACGAAGAACUUCAAGCUACUCUCCAAGAAUUAGCUGAUCUCCAAACUCAAAUCAUUGAGCUUCAGAGCGAUAACGAACGUUUGGCAGAGGAAAAAGAUGUCAUCUUUCAAUCACUCUGCCGACAAACCGAAAAACUCGAAGAUUCUCGUACGCAAAUUGGGACACUGCAGAAAUUGCUUUUGCGUGAGCCCGAUCAACAGGACAGUGUUUCGACUGAGCGUGAACAAAAACUGGUAGAGCUAUUGAAAAGUGCUCAAGAUGAGAGAGAAUCUUUGAUGUUGAAACAGGAGGAAUUAAACUCGGAAAUGAAUGAACUCAAAGUGGCCUUAGAGGAAACAACGAAUAAAAAUAUGAGACUGGUAGAACGAAUCGGAGUAUUGGAUUCGACCAUCGAUGCCAUGAAUGCCGAAAGAACUGAAACUGAUUCGCAGCUUUUACAGUCCAAAGAAGACGGAUCUGUCAAGCAGAUUGAGAUCAGUCGUUUGACGACACUUUUAGAAAAUGCUCGGGCAAAAAUCGAGGAACUGGAGCAAGACCGGGCCUUGGGCGAUAAGUCCGAUUUAGAUGAACUUUUGGAUACAGCAAGAAAAGAGAAGGAUGCUCUUGAAAUUCAAGUGGCUUCGCUCCAAGAACAACUUUCUAUUAGUCAAUGUGAGAUUCAAAAGCUCAAGGAUCAACUUGCACGAAUGAGUGAAGAAUGUAAGGUUGUGCGCAAUAAUGCCAAAUGUGUGAUUUCCGACUUGGAAUACAAACACGAAACAAUAAAACAGGAAAAAGUUAAAAUGGCUGGAGAUUGCCAGCAAUUGCAAGAAAGCGUGAGUGAAUUGCAGGUUCAAAACAAAUGCUUAACCGAGGACAAAGCCCAAUUGGAAGCUCUUUUGUCGGAAACCCAGAGACAUCUGGGAGAAACCGAAAGACUGCUUGCGGAAAAGACUGAUGAAUUAAACCAACAGACUAAUUUAAGAAAGCAAGAGAGCGAAGAAUGGGAACGUUUCCAAUCUGACCUAUUGAUGACUGUACGGGUAGCUAACGAUUUUAAAACGGAGGCUCACAACGCCAGGGAGCAGCUAGCAUUAGAUAACAAGGCGUUGCGAGAACGAAUACGCGUCAUGGAGCAACAAGUAGAGAAACUUAACAAACCAAAUCAUAUAAACUUGGUGGAUAAGCAAAGUCCUCUUUUCAUAAACUAUGACAAAAUUCUUGAUAUAAAAAAAGAUCUAACUGCAUCUAUAGACAGUUUAGAUACGUAUGAUAGAAACGUUGAUGAGUUCUCAAAUCAAGUCAACCUUCUGCGUCAUCAAAUGAAUUCAUUCGCUCUUGGGAAAUCCAUUGACAAAAAUGAUGAUCGAUUAGAUGAUUAUAUUCCCCAACAAGAACAAAAAGGUGAAGGAAUACCCCCACUUCCUGUUUCAAAACCUCCAAAAAUGACUGUUCGCUUCCUAGAUCAGGAAAAUGUGGAUGAAGAUACAAACUCCGGUUUAAGAGAAGCUGAUCGGUGUUCGUACGAAAUAGAAAAAAUAAAUGCUCUGCCCUGGCAGAAAGAACAAACGGUUCGCAAGGUUACACCAGCUUUCAGCGAUAAGUGGAACCAAACCGUGAUAAAUUCUGAAGAAUCUUAUGAUGAAGAUUCUGAUUCGAAAAAUGGAGUAUCACCAGAUCCGAUAUUCCGACCAAUAGUUGUCAGCAGAAGCAAUGAAAAUUUGAGUCUUCAUGGGUUCGAAGUUGUGAAACCUGUGCCUUUGAAAUCAAAAAGCAUUCAAGACUUGCGCACUGUGAGCUUUGAGAAGCAGAAUAGUUUGGACAGCUUGUUUCAAUCUAAAAGCACGGAUGAUUUAAUUCUCCCUGAUAUAGAUGGGAUGAGCCGAACCACAAAUUUGUCAAAAUUUAAAAAAUACCGUUACAAUAGAUCCGGAAGUACAAGUUUAUCAAACAUCUGCUUGAAAGAUGAUCAGGAAUCGAUAUAUGCGAACAUAGAAUUCAAACCCGGUAAAGCUGACAAUUUGAAACAACUUUCGAAUACGAGCAAGAAACCUUUACCAUUACCACGUACCGAUAGCGAGAACAGAGGGUCCACAAAAACAUUGGUGUAUGUUAUUGAUAAAUCCACCAAUGAGUUCGUACUUAGCGAAGAAUGUUCAUCGGAAUCAUUUCAACCAAACCCUUCUGUGAAGCUGCGUGGGAAGAACGAGAAUAGCGUUAACGUCUAUGAUGAUGCAAAAUGGGAAGAGUUGAAGAGAACGUCAUUCGUACUGAACAAACAUGAAAAUGGAAUCAAGAACCGCACGAUGACAAAGGGAUGCAAUGAUUCUAGUAACACUUUAGUCGCAUCCACUGAAUCACACCAAUCGAUUUUCAACACUGUGCAACAAGAGAUGGCUGUCCGGCGGCAGCAAAAGUCCAGCAUUCAGAGACAAGAUUCCCGGCUAUCCGUAAAAAGUCUUAUCGAAAGUAUUGAAAAUUCUGCGAAGCAGGCGAAGGUAACAGCAGACUCGCGAUGCAGUUCCAAUUCCAGCAUCAAUAGCAUUCCACAGGAUACUAUUAUGAACUCAUCAAUUCCAGUAAACAAUGUUCCAAAAACACCAAACGUUCACAGCGGGAACGAAUCCAACAACACGUUGAACCUUACACUGAUAUCGUCGGUCACCGCUAAGAGCCCAUUGCGAGAGCAGCAACAACCAACAACGAAUAGCAACAUUACCAGCAAUAUUAAAAACAAUGUUACAGAUUCAGUUUUGUUGAAAAAAAAUCAAAGCCUCAUCGCAAACAGCAGCUGUAAUAAUGUUGACAGUAGCAAUAAUAACAAUAGUAAUUACAAUAAUAAUAAUAUAAAUUGCAACAAAUCUUCCACCCUGAUAAGUAAUAAUUAUUCCCAUGGAAAACUAUUCAAACAACAAACCGACGAUCAUGUUACUGCUUCGAUAUUAUCCCACAAAGCAAUGGACUACGUUCGACGGAACAGCUACGGCGAUAUAAGUGAUAGGAAAGAUCCAUUAAAUGCUCUCGUGAAAAAUGGAGGCUCGAAACGCAACGCUUUAUUGAAGUGGUGUCAGAACAAAUCAGUUGGUUAUCGGAAUAUUGACAUAACCAAUUUUAGCUCGUCAUGGAACGAUGGUCUCGCUCUUUGUGCAAUUAUGCAUUCUUAUCUACCCGAUCGGAUUCCAUACGACAAACUUAGUCCCAGUGACAAACGGCAAAACUUUAGCCUAGCAUUUGCCGCGGCUGAGAGUGUCGGGAUUGCAACAUCUUUAAGUAUUGAUGAAAUGUGUCAGAUGGAACGACCAGAUUGGCAACAGGUAAUGGGCUAUGUUACAGCCAUUUACAAGCACUUCGAAACGUGAAAAGUAUGUUUGUGUACAUAUAUAUAUAAAUAGGUUAUAUUUUACUCCUACAACAAUUCUAAUAUAACGACUUCCAAUUCGGCAACUAUAUGUUGAUUUUAUCUACGUUACUCAACGGUUAUUUAUUUACGGAGAGAAAAAAAAUUGAGUUGUUGAUUACCUGAUACAAGCACGAUAUACUGUACCAUAACUAAACAUAAACGAGAAAAUU